UGGUAUAAUUAGAAGUAUAAUUAUAGCUGAUACACUUCCAGUUAUUUCUGAAUGUUUACCAAUAUAACCUCAAGACUUUAAUUCAGAGGUUAUAAGGCUAAGCAUGAAUGAAGAACAUAACUUCAUCCACUAGAUUAAUUAUUCACUGGGUUUAAAAGGGGAGGGGGGGGGUAAAUUUAAAGGGAAUUCAUCUGCAAGUCAAUAUUUAACUCUCAAUUUUUCCUUUUUUUCUGGUGAUCAGAUACUUUUCAGAUCAACGUAGAAAUUAUUAAGAAAUAACAUCUUCUAAUAAUUUUUAAAUAAAAUGUGUACGUUUUCUGAGGAGAUUUUUCCAGAGCCAUAAUGUAAUUUAAUUGACACCAAUUACAAAUCUAGAUUUAUAUUUCAUUCCUUAUAAUGUAUCACAUGGACUCCAUUUAUAUUUUUGCUGAUAAUCCUAUUAUUUGUAUUCUUAAUUCUUAAUACUUGUCUGGUGAGCAUGUAGCGCCCUCUGGUGUCGCCUCUGUACCCCUACAACAACAUGCUGUCAGCAGUGGGCUACUGUUCCUGUGCAUGCGACCUUUAACAUGUUCUCCAGACUCUCCUCGCUGCGGCUCCGGCUCCGCUCGGGUCCGGUCUGCUUCGCCGCCUCAGGCUCCAGCUGCAGGGCGACGGUGGAACAUGACCGAGCGAGGCAGCGCUUCACCGUCUCUCCGGGCACCGGGGCCGAGGCCCAUGAAAGUGCAGUUCUGAGCUACAGAUUCACCGGAGAGAAGGAGGUGGAUCUAAUAUCGACCUUUGUACCAGAGACGUUCAGGGGCCAAGGUGUCGCUGCACUGCUGUCAGAGGCUGCCAUGGACUUUCUGGUUGAAGAAAACCUGAAGGCUCGUGUCUCCUGUUGGUACAUAAAGAAAUACAUUGAGGAGCACCCGGUGCAGCAGUUUAAAGACCUAGUCAUCCCCUGACUGCUGCUGAUGUGUCCACCACUGCUACCUCAAAUCAACUAUAUCCUCUUACAACACUACAGAGGCCAAAUGGAGGCAUUAUAAUUGUAUAAGUAUUUGUUUUUCUUUGGAAUUGUAUGAAAUUUCAUAUGAUCAAGAUCCCUGUUCAGACCCAUCAAACUGAGGCACAGAAUAAUUUACCUCAUUUUUUAAGAAUCAUAAAUUUGAUAUGAGUGAAGUUAAGAUGAAAGUUGCUGCUUUCUAAUAAUUUGAUUUUGAUGUGUUAAUCUGAAACUAUCAAAUAGAUUUCUCUUUUUAAUCAUGCAUCCUUAAUAUAUUAUUAGCAAUAUUUGUUAAUUCCUAAUUGUUGGGAAAAAACACUGAAGUAUCAGGUAUAAUGAGUAGAUAUUGAUGAUGUUGGGUUAUUUUUAUAGUGAUAUAAAGUGUUAAUUUUUAUGUAUUUAUGGACAUGAUCUGUUUAUCAGCGAACAUGAAACUGAUUAUCAACUUGUUUACCAUUGAAAAUAAAAUAAUGAUUUUGACAGCA